AUGGCCCUCUUCAAAUCCACUCCUCUCUUCUGCGUGCUUGUGUGCGUGGGCCUGCUGGCUUGUCUCGCGUGGUCCACGCACGCUGCCGGCGACCUGUCCCAUGGAUUUGGAGACAGCAUCGCGUGGGUCUCCUACCGUGACGCCCUCGAGCAGGCCAAGCAGCUCAACAAGCCCGUCUUCCUGCUCCUCCACAAGAGCUGGUGUGGCGCUUGCAAGAGGCUGAAGCAGGAUUUUGCGGCCUCCAAGGAGAUUGCGGAGGAAAGCAAGAAGUUUGUCAUGGUCAAUGCAGAGGACGAAGAAGAGCCGCACGCCGACGCCACCUACAAUGUCGAUGGAGGCUACAUUCCUCGCCUGUUCUUCCUCACCCCCGACGGUCAGCUCACCGGCGUCUAUAACGAAGCUGGCAACGCGGCCUACAAGUACUACUACUUCACUCCCGACCAGAUCCUGGCCGCCAUGUCGCGCGCCCUCGCCGCGGUCGGCAGCCCGCUCAACAAGGAGCUGUAG